AACUUUCAUAAUACAUUUAAACUAAAAACAAUAAAUAAAACUAUAAAGGGAACUUCCCCCGACAGUUAUUAACGUCCAUUGUCACGAUGCUUAUCGGAAGGCCUGAACACUAUACAAUUCUAAUUUUGGCUAGAGGCCAGCAAAAGUGGUUUCGCUGAACGUUUUGCACGCAAAACUUUCGUGUUUUAUGCGCUCUGUGUGUCAGUCCCACGGCCCCAGCGAUCCUGAACGCACGUCGAUAUCGCGCCUUAUCCUACAGACACGAAGUUCAGUCUUCGUUCAAAAACGAAGUGCUUGUGUUUGGUGAAAGUUUUAAACGUGUUUUCGAACGACAUGUUUGGAUUGGGUUCCUGAAUGUUGCACUCGUAGACCGUGACUUGUUUUGAAUUGACAGCAGCGGGCGGCAUGGCGGCCUCGGGCGGCGGGGGACCGGGGCGCGGCCGCCUGGAGACCAUGGAGGAGCUGCCCUCGGCCGUCGGGGAUGAAGACCCGCAUCCUGACACUGCUGCAGUGGAGGCGUCUCCGCGGGAGGGCGACGGCGACAGCCACGCGCCGGAGGGCGAGCGUCUGCCGGGCGACGGCGCCAGCUGCACCGCGCCCGACGACCAGAGAGUCAGUGAUGAUGAUGUUGAUACAAGUGCAGAAGCUGGAAACAUUAUAGAUCCUUUUAGAAGUGAAGAUGAACCAGUUUCGUACGAUGGCAUGCUGAAGACCGGAAGUUAUUACAAAGGCAUAUACUGGCCUUCCAUUACUAAUAGUUUUAAGGAUGAAAAUUUAGAAUGUUCGUAUCAAAGGUAUUCGCAGAGACAAAGGCAGAAAUCUCUAAUUAUGGUGAACGUUGUAGAUUUAUGUUUAAAGAUUUCAAUUGUUUUACAGAUAUGUUUAUCAAAAAUUUACGCGCUAACCAUGAGAAAUAGUGAUGACUUCCCGAUGUACCAGAUCGCGUGGACGGUGACGUUCUCGUGCCUCAACGUGGCCGUGUGCCUGCUGGGCUCGUGGCGCUGCUUCGCCAACAACUACCUGCACUGGGCCGCCGCCUGCACCUGGAUCCUGCUCAUUGGACAAGCGCUCAGCGGGCAAGGCAUCGGGUUCCAGGCGCCCGAGCACCAGGUGUGGUACAUGCUGUUCAUAGUGUUCGUGCCCUACGCCAUGCUGCCGCUGUCCCUCGGCUGGUGCAUCGUGAUUGGAUGGCUGAGCUCCGUGUCGCACGUGCUGGCCACCGCCGUGGACAUACGGGAGAUCAUGGACAGACACCCGCAAGCUGCAUCCAGCUGCGGCGUGCGCAUGCUGGUGGGCAACAUGCUGCUGUACAGCGCCGUCAACUUCGCCGGCAUGUACGCCAAGUACCUGGCCGACUGGGGGCAGCGCAAGGCCUUUCUCGAGACGCACCGCUCCAUGGUCACCCGACAGCGGACCAAGCGCGAGAGCGACAGGCACUGGAGGCUGUUUCAGUCGGUGAUACCAGACUUUUUGGCGAAGGAGAUUUACAAUCACGUGUCCAAAGUGAAGGGAGACUUCCAAGAACAACAAUUCAACAAUUUCUACAUACAAAGACAUCAAGAUGUUUCAAUUUUAUUUGCCGAUAUUAAAGGAUUUACAGAACUUUCCAGUAAGUGUAGCGCACAAGAACUAGUCAAACUACUCAACGAACUUUUCGCAAGAUUUGAUAGAUUGGCUUCGGAGAACCACUGCCUGCGCAUCAAGUUGCUCGGCGACUGCUACUUCUGCGUGUCGGGGCUGCCGGAGCCGCGCGCCGACCACGCUCACUGCUGCGUCAACAUGGGGUUGCACAUGAUCCGCGCCAUCCGCGACGUGCGCUACAACGCACAGGUGGACCUAGACAUGCGCAUCGGUAUCCACAGCGGCGCGGUGCUGUGCGGCGUGCUGGGGCUGCUCAAGUGGCAGUUCGACCUGUGGUCGCAGGACGUCACGCUCGCCAACCACAUGGAGAGCGCCGGGUUGCCCGGUCGCGUGCACAUCUCAGCUGCGACGCUGGAGUGCCUGGACAAUGCGUUCGAGGUGGAACCAGGCGAGGGGGAGACUCGGAACGCGUACCUGCGCGACCAGGGCAUCACCACCUACCUGGUGAAGACCACCGAGCUGCCGCGCCGGACUAGGCAUAGGUCCAAGCCGAGCAUCCAGCCCCCGACUCAGCCGACAGUGGACACCACCCCGCGGCGCAUCAGCAACAGCAUCGACGACGAAACCACCACGGACUGGACGCCGGAGCUGCCCUUCCAAAACUACUACACUAGCCACGUUAUAGCUAAUGGGUUCCUAAACCGUGGACGCGGAUUCAGAACGAAAGCAGAAGACAUAGAACAAGGUCCAGAUAACGACGAAGUGCCAGCACUUGUGGAGGAAGAAGACAUAAUAAACCACUCCAUAGAAGUGAGCAGCAACCGCGAGAUGCGGUGCCGCGAGAUGGCGCCGUGGUCGCUGCGGUUCCGACAGCCCUCGCUGGAGCUCAGCUUCACGUGCCUCGAGGAACGCACCUUCAAGUCCAACCUCAUGUGCUGCCUCAUACUGUGGCUGUUCAUUGUUGCCGUGCAUUAUGUUAUUCAUUAUAACUGCAAGUUCCUGGUGCUGAUCCUGCUGUUGAUGACGAUUCCCCUCGCGCUGUCAUUCACCAUCAUCAUGCUGGAGGAGUUCAACGUGAAGCUGCCCAAGCUCAAGAUGGUGUCGUCGUGGAUCAGCGGCUCGCGCAUGCGCCGCAGCGUGCACAUUUGCACCUUCAUCACUGUCAUGUCUAUUUCUAGCACCAUAAAACUCUACGUCUGCCCAGACUCCUUCCCAGAAACAGAAGCAACCAGUAACAACACUACAAACAACAACACCACAUCCAAUGCCACUUUCAGAAAGUCCAUAAUUCACCUAUUCAAUACAGAAGAGGCAAUAAACGGCGAAUGCUACCGCCCUGAAUAUGUGGUGUUUACGUGGAUAAUCUGCCUGGUGGCGCUGACUUCGAUCCUCAAGUUGUAUUACCUGAUCAAGACGCUCCUGGCAUUUGUGAAUGUGGCCAUCUACGCUGGCCUGCUGCUUACCUACUAUGACGUUUACUACUUCGACUGGCAGGGGGCUAACGCAGAGCUGCCAUUCUACGUGCAGAUGUUAAUCCUGAUGAUAGUAUUCCUGGUGAUGGUGGUGUACCACGCGCGGCUGAUCGAGGUGACGUCACGGCUGGACUUCCUCUGGAAGCUGCAGGCUGAGACCGACCUGCAGGAGAUGAAGGAGACGCAGCGCACUAACAGAUGUCUGCUCAAGCACAUAUUGCCCGAUCACGUGGUUAACCAUUUCUUGUCGAAGGAUCGAUGUCCUGAUGAGUUGUACUCUCAGUGGCGCGACGAGGUGGGCGUGAUGUUCGCGGGCAUCCCCAACUUCCACGAGUUCUACAGCGAGCAGAAGGCCGUCGACUGCAUGCGCCUUCUCAACGAGAUAAUUUUUGACUUUGACAAGCUGCUGAGUCAGGCGCGGUUCAAGAGCAUCGAGAAGAUCAAGACCAUCGCGGCUACUUACAUGGCUGCUUCUGGACUCAACCCAGAUGACAAGUCGGACGCGGAGGACUGCUCGCACCUGUGCGCGCUGGUGGACUACGCGUUUGCGCUCAGAGACGCACUCGACGACAUCAACAAGCACUCCUUCAACAAGUUCCGGCUCAGAGUCGGCAUAAGCUGCGGGCCGCUAGUCGGCGGCGUGAUCGGCGCGCGCAAGCCCGUGUACGACAUCUGGGGCAACACCGUGAACGAGGCGUCGCGCAUGGAGAGCACCGGCGCCAUGGACCGCGUGCAAGUCACCAAGUACACCAAGCAGCUACUAGAGCGGCGAGGCUAUUCGCUGCAGCCCCGCGGCAUGGUGCAAGUGAAAGGCAAGGGACGCAUGGAGACAUGGUGGGUGUCAGGGCGGGCCGCGGUGGCCGCCGAGCCGCCCGCGCCGCCGCUGCCCCCGCGCUCGCUCGCGGCCCUCGUCUACACCAUGUUGCAGGCGAGGAAGAGGAUCUACACGCAUCCCGCGCAUAGCACCGCCAGCACGGAGCUAGACCGCGGCGGGUCGGUGCGGGGACGGCUGCCUACUCGCAGCGACACCGCGCCCGCCUCCGCGCGCCGCCGCCCUGCCUCCGACAAGCUGCGGCGCGCACGCACCAGGCAUCCGCACCAUAGCAUAUCCUACAACGAAGCGGAGCCGGGGAUCAGGCCGCACGCGAGCAGCCUCGUAGUCCGGCGCGCCGACCCCGCCGUGCCCGCCCCCGGCAGCGUCUCCGCCCCCCACACCCCCACCACCCCGCACUUGCCGCCCCCACACACGCACAAACUGGGCCUAGGAGCGCGCCUCAAAGCCGCCAGCUUCUCCUACAAGACACGACCGCAGGACAAAUCACCCAAAUUCAAAGAAGACAAAGAUAAUACGAUAACGAAUGGCGCCCCUAGGUCUUUUAGAUUCAGGUCUGUGACUACUGCGUCAUUCUUCCGCAGUAGAAAUAAGGAGAAAAGAAAAGAGGAUGAAAAAGAUGAGACGUCUAUUACUACUAAAAUGUAAGUUUCUUUGUAUGUAUCUUGUGGUGUAGAUUCGUUUACGAAUUGCAAAUGUAAAGAUCUAUUCUUUUUGUAGUCAUUUUCAUUUACUUAUCAGUAAGGGAAAUUUAAUUUUAAGUAUGAAGGAUAAAGAUUUAUUUAUUUUUUAAAUAUAUCGAUGUGAUAAUAUUAGCGCAAAAUGUACCCUUACAUAAAUUAUUAUGAUCUGACUAGAUCGCGAUAAAUCUAGAAAUAAAAUGUCGACAGUUUAUGACAUACCUAAUUACUUAGGGCCCCUUGCACCAACAAAUUAAAUCUAGAUUUAUUGUCAAAUGUCGAUUUAAGAAACGUCAGUCCAUAUAAAAUUUGACACUAAAUCGAGAUUUAACACUAAAUCUAGAUUUAAUAUGUUGGUGCAAGUGGCCCUAAAUGUAUAAUUAUUACCUUAUAUGUUUACGUUAAUUUAACGUUAAUUUUAAGCUUCAAAGGGGGUUAAACGCUAUGAUGGUCUUCCAAGUGAAGGUAAAUUUGCUAAGAUAUGAGAAUCGGACGAGGUUGGGUGAGUUGUAUCUUAUUCUGACCUCACUGUACUGUUAUUAAUACCUAUUCCUUUAGUAUUAAUACGUAAUUAUUUAAAUGUUUAGACAAUGAAAGAAUUAGCUAGUAAGAAUUCAAUCAUGUAAAAUUGUUUUACAUAGGCAAAUUAUUAAAAUGAAUAUAAUAUAUACGUUAUUUUUACGGGUUCCUUCUAGUAUUGCUAAUCGAUAACAAAUCAUUUGAUUUCAUUAAGCAGCCGCCACAUUAACAUAGAAGUAUUGGUGGCGGCUGUGUAUAAAUAUGCCAAAGAUAAGUGAUCUCCAAGUGCAUUUUGAUCUGUUAGAUUAUACUAAGUAUUAAUGUUAAGUUAGUAGAAUUUUAUACUAAAUGUUAGUUACUAAUAUUUCCGUCUAAAUGUUACCAAAACUAAAAUAGCCAAAGAAAUAUAAUGUAUUUUUUACUAAA